AUGGAUUUCAUCUGCGUCUGCAGAAAGCUAUUCCUGACAAGGGAUAGGCUGAGCAAGCAUUACAAGCGGGUCUGCGCCCAUUCCAACAACCCGAUCAACGUUUCAGGGCUUCAACUUAUUGACAGCGCUCAAGUUCUCCCUGAUGAUUUGGAGGUCGUUAAUGCCCCAGGUACAUCUGAUGACGAGGUUGAUGAGGAGAACAACAAAGGCGAUGAGGCGUUUCGCGGCAGCAAUCCACUCAUAUUCAACAAUAACGACAUUACGGCUACCUCAAUGACAUUUGAUUUGGGAAGAGUGGUUGGUGCAACUAUCCGAAAGCUCAUGCGGGGCUUGGGUAUUGCAAAUAUUCAACAGCAACAUGCACAGCGCAUGCAAAUCACGGCGUUUCAAGAACAACAGCGCAAGCUGAUCACGGCCAUGGAGCAACGGAUCCUGAGCUCUAUUGCCCAGACUGCAGCAGGUCAAGAGCAGGGGCAAGCUAUGCAAGCUGCUUCUGCUUCUGCUUCUGACACCGGACCUUCUAGUCCGGUUUCUACAAGUAGAAAGAGAAUGCGCUCUGACGCCCCUCACUUCGGAACAUUCAGGCCCCCUAGUUGUAUGUCUCCAAUUGAAAAUAAGUAA